UACAAACAGAGAGAGAGAGAGAAGGGAAGGAGAGAAACAGAGGGAGGGAUAGAGGGCUGGAAGAGGAGAUCAAAUAAGAAGAGAAAGACAGCAGAAGUUUCAGAAAGAUGAGAGAGUGGAAGUGAGAGUGUUGGCAUUUUAAAGACUCAAAGGCAUAAAGAAGACACAACAUUAUCUGAUGCAGACCUAACUGCUACAGAUUUGAAGAGGAAAAUAUCCAAACACUUUUUUUUAUUUAUUUUAUUUUAUUUUUUGGAAGCGCUGGAGUCCUAGGUGGAGGAAUAAAGGAGACAACAGUUUGUGCGGAAGAUUGUUGAGAGGUGGCAGGAAUCAUCUGACAGUUGAGUGCAGUCACUUAUUGGUACACCUCACGCUUUCCCAUGAGUAUCCUUAGCAGUGUGUGCUUUCUGCGCUGGCUUUUGCUGUGUGUGUGUGUGAUGUGUCUGUGUGUAAUGUGCCAGAGGGACAGUUUGGUGGCUGGGCCACCUAACAGAAGGUGUGAGGGGGGUUGCAGUGCAACAGCAUCUCCCCCAAAAACACACCACACACAGAGGAAGGACACACUGCACAGAAAAACACAGGAGCCUCUCCAAAGAAACACACAGUCAUCUUCCAUGUCAGAACGUCUGGUGCUGCUACAGCGGUGUAUGAGACAACAUGGACCAGCCUCAGGAAAUCGAAGAGAUGGAUCCGAUUCCCUGGCAGCCAUUUUGGCUCUAAUGACGGCCGUGCUUACCGAGUGUGAUCUGCACUGCCACAGUCAGAGACUUAGAGACAUGGCUGGCAGGCUAGAGAGAGCAGCAGUGGGGAAAAAUGGAGAAAAAGACUUGCUGCUCUUGAUGAAGAGCAUCACACAGUCUGGCCCACAAGCAACACAAAGUGCAUUAACAGUGUCUCCUUCCACAGGACUUUAUCCACCGAAUUGCUAUGAGAUCUUUAAGUUUGGAAUAAAAGAGAAUGGAAUUUACACCAUCCAACCUGACCCUCAAAAGCCAGCACUGGAGGCUGUGUGUGAUAUGGAGUCUGUGGGAGGCGGAUGGACAGUGUUUCAGCGUCGAUUUGAUGGGCAAGUGGACUUUAACCGGACCUGGCAGGAAUAUCGUGAUGGCUUUGGUUCUCCACAAAAGGAGCACUGGUUAGGGAACGCAGUUCUACAUGCUCUUACCUCCAAUGGGCAACACACACUCCGCAUCACUCUCCAAGACUGGCAUCAACAGACCAGACAUGCCAUCUACAACACCUUUAAAGUGGCAGGAGAGAACCAGAGGUUUCGUUUGACUGCACAGAAUUACCAAGGUGAUGCUGGUAACGCUCUCAGCUAUAGUAAGCACUACAACCAUGACGGCAGAGCUUUCAGCACGUAUGAUCACGAUCAUGAUCGCUAUGCAGCUGGUAACUGUGCUCAGUACUAUGGUGCAGGCUGGUGGUUUGAUUCCUGUUUGGCUGCCAAUCUGAAUGGACGUUACUACCGCGGCCGCUACACUGGCAUCACAGAUGGCAUCUACUGGGGCACCUGGUACAUUCUCACUGACUCUCGAACUGGGGAGAGAUACUCGUUUAAAAGUGUGGAGAUGAAAACACGGCCCAGACAGCCCUAAAAUAAGCAUUGUCUUCACAUGAUCAGAGAACAUACACACAAAUUAUGCAAUGCUACUUUUGGUUUUUAUACUACACUAAAACUAUAGUGCAUUUACCUUGUUGUAUUUAACAGUAGGGUCAGUCAUAUUUAAGUCAGGACACAUUAUGUAAUAUUUAGCAAAGUUAUCCUCAUAAUCUGGCGUCUCAGCUCUGUAUGACAUCCCAGAGUCUGUAAAUGGGAGAAGAACAUGAAUGGAUCCAAGCAAUUAGGUCAAGGAGGCUUUUAUAUUUGCCUGUAUGUUAUGUUACUUGGUAAUUCUGCAUGCUAUCAGUGUUCUAGUUUAAGUAGCUCAUGUGUGUUUUGGAGAUGAGGCUUUGGAGAGAACACUGAAGGGAGUGAGUAUUCUUGCUUGUAUUUUGAGUUUCCAGUCAAUACUUUAAGGUGCCUUCUGCUAAAAAUCACUGAAUGUAUAUGG